UAAUUAAUGGCCGCCAUCGUGUAGAAGAAAUUGAAUAUCAUCGUCCGUUUACCGGAGUCACAAAAAGGCGUCGGAACACUUCCAAUUGUGAACUAUUUAGAUUGAUGGGAGUUUAUUCAUAAUGCUUAUAACAAUUAAAACGUUACAGCAAGUUACUUUUCAAAUUGAAAUAGAUGAAACAUGUUCGGUCAAGGAAUUAAAAGAGAAGAUAGAAAGUGAAAAGGGAAGUGAGGGUUUCCCAGCAAAUGGACAGAAACUGAUUUAUGCAGGUAAAAUUCUGAGUGAUGAUUCACAGCUAAAAGAAUAUAACAUUUCAACUGUCACAGAAGCUGCUCUGCCAAUCCCAGAUACUGCAGAUUCAAAUUCACCUCAACAAGAGACAGCAGAACCAGAAAAAACUCAGGCUAGGGCCAGUGUUCCUAUCCCUGUCUCUGAGGCAACCGAUGCUCCUGCAGACAUCGAGGGUGCAAGCGCUAGUGCAUUGUCACAAGCUGAAUCAGCAUUAGUUAUUGGUGCUGAGUAUGAACAAAUGGUCUCUCAACUGAUGGCCAUGGGCUUCGGAAGGGACAAGGUUACGCUGGCCCUGCGCGCCAGCUUUAACAACCCAGACAGAGCUACUGAAUAUUUGUUAAGCGGAAUUCCAGAAAGUGUUACCAGAGAAAUGAAUGCAGCAGCAGAGGCCCAACAAGCUGCCGUACAAGGUGCCCAGCCCGCGGCGGACCAACCACCUGCAGCGGCACCACAACCUGCCCCAGCAUCUACUGGUGGUCAGCCCGCAGCUGUGCCACCAGCUCAAAUACCUGGCCAAGAGGCUAGUAGUGCAGAGGAUCCACUAGGAUUUUUACGUCUUCAACCAGAGUUUCAACAAAUGAGACAUAUGUUACGGCAAAACCCACACCUCCUGCCCGCUCUUCUACAACAGCUAGGUCAAUCAAAUCCACCGCUAUUACAGCUUAUCAAUCGACAUCAGCAGAGCUUCAUAGAACUUCUGAAUGAACCUGAAGGAAGUGGCGGAGGUAGCGGUGGUAGCGGUGGUAGUGGUGGGGGAGUAACUGGGGGUGGAAGUGGGGGAGGAACUGGGGGUGGGCCCGUCAGACAGCCUACACAAGUCUCAAUUCAAAUCACACCGGAAGAAAGGGAAGCCAUAGAUAGGCUGAAACAGUUAGGUUUCUCAGAAAAUGAUGUCAUCCAGGCAUACUUCGCUUGCGAGAAGAACGAAAAUUUAGCAGCAAAUUUCUUGCUUCAAACAGAUUCAGACGACUCUUAAAAAUAUGUAUUGGAAAACCUUAUUUACAACCAUCUCCUAAUGCUUUGAUAAGCAUCAAACACUCAUUAGCCCUGGGCAACACGUUAACGACCUUGAAGCACGCAGUUAACACGGACAUGCAGCGUGCCGAUUCGAAGAACAUUUCUAGGCUGCUCUUGAAUAAUUUUAAAAAGUUGAAAAAUUACAAAAAACCACUAACUUUGAUGUGAAUAACUAAGGGUGUUUUUCGCAGUCAGGUAUAAAAAUAAAAUGCUGUUUGUGCAUGCUAAUGAAACUCAUAGUGUAAUGCAUCAUGGGAAGGUGUAUAGAAAUUGCUUAUAUCACUGCUCAUAGCAUAUGCAUUGCAUUGUAUUAUUUAGCUGCCAGUUAUGGCAGAAAGAGUUUGACAUGCAACUGGUUUUUGUAAUGUUGUCGAAAAUAAUAUCGGAUAUAGGCCAUCCUAAUCAUAAUAAUAGUGGUUAUUAGCUAUGUUUUUUGGCUUUGGAUGUUUUGUUUGGAUUUUUGUUCCUCCUGACAUGCAAACCCAAGCCUACUUUUUUACUGCUACAUUUUGUCUCCCCUUCAUGGGGGAACUCAACAUGCAUAUGUUUGGAAAUGCUAGAAAGAAGAGAAAUUCUAUACUUUGUAUUAAUGUGUAAAUGAUUGCACUUGUAACCAUUGUUGAACCUUAUAAUAAUAGCCCUGCAUGUUUAACUUUCAAAAUGUUUGUUAAUAAACAAAGCCAUUUGUAUUCAUUUUGAAAAAGAAACAUAAUUAUCAAGCAAGUGAAACCAGAAACAA